AUGAAGGGACAUGAAGUAUCACCAGAAGUUAUCAAUGAACUGAUACAAUUUCUUUCGCCGAAUGUAGAUCGUAAUUUGCGACAGCAAGCAUUGGACUGCGUUAUUGGUCUUUCGGCAUCUGAUCACUUUGAUGUGAUAUUUCAGGCAAAUGAUUUCUUGUUAGGACGGUCACUGUGUCGAUUAAUCUGCGAAGGCCACAUAGAUGACACUGAUGUACUUCCUGCAAUAAUUAAUGCAACUGCUACCGAGAUAGUUUGUGCUAAAUAUGUAACUGAUAACACCGAACUUGUCCAGCGAUGUACUGAAUAUUGUCGGGAUUGCAAUGAUCAAUAUUCAUUGAAUGCAGCAAAAUUGUUAACCAAUUUAUCGUUACAUUUUCCAGACAACUUGUACGAUGCUUUGAUAAAAGAUUGGGAUGAUUUUAUUUCUGAUACAAUAAGAAGAUUAAAUGAUUCAACGUCCUGCGAGGCUGCUGAUUAUCUCGGUUACGUGCUUGUAAACUUUACUUCAAUUGCAAAUGUCCGCUGUUUAUUAUGUGAGAAGUAUGUUCGACAAAUAUUACCACUGGUGGAUUGGAAUAGGAGACCAAGAAGGUGUUUAAUUGCGACUGAUAUUUUACGGAAUAUGUGUUUUGAAAUCAGUUGCCAUUCGAUACUUCUGGAUAAAAAUGAUGAAUUUUUGAGCACACUGUUGAAACCGUUAGCUGACAUAAAUGAUAAUUUGAAGGAUGAUGAGAUUGAAAAGUUACCACUUCAAUUGCAAUACUAUGAAGGUCACCGGUGUCAAGAUUUUUCAAUCACAACUAAAGUUGUCGAAGCACUCUAUCAGGUGAGUAUAUUUCUAUAA